GACAUUGACAUUGUCAAAAUUUUUAUUUUCACCAUUUUCCAGAAAAAUAAUAUAUGCGUUUUCUCUGAUUUUCUCAAUAAAACGUACAUAACGCCUAAAUAUCGCGAUAAUAAUAACAAAGAAAUAAAAAUGAUACGCCAUUCUUUUCGGAUAAUAAGGAGUGGAAGUAAAUCUAAAAUUCUGUUUGGUCCUGUCUGUAGGGAUGGGAAAAAAUGCUUCAGUUUGUUGUCUCAACGACCUAUCGAGUUAACGAAAGCCAUCAAAAAUAAGCCGCUGUUGAACAAUUGCGCUUGUCGUACCAUGUUUAUUCAAACACAAGAAACGCCAAAUCCGAACAGCUUAAAAUUCCUACCAGGAACUCAAGUUUUAGAACCUGGCCAAACGUUGGAUUUCCCUAAUAUUGGAGCAGCACAAUGCAGUCCAUUAGCCAAAAUGCUGUUCCGUAUAGAAGGUGUCAGAGGAGUGUUUUUCGGCUCAGAUUUUGUUACUGUUACUAAACAGGAUGAUGAUGUUGAAUGGAAGCUACUGAAACCAGACAUCUUUGCCACGAUCAUGGAUUUCUUUGCCAGUGGACUGCCAGUUGUUACUGAUGCCAAACCAUCUGGAGAUACUCAAAUCAAUGAAGAUGAUGAUGAAAUAGUACAAAUGAUAAAAGAGCUGUUAGAUACUCGCAUCAGGCCAACUGUUCAAGAAGAUGGAGGAGAUGUUCUAUUCGUUGACUUCAAGGAUGGUGUACUGAGACUCAAAAUGCAAGGAUCUUGUUCAUCUUGCCCUAGUUCUAUUGUGACCCUGAAGAAUGGAGUACAAAACAUGAUGCAGUUUUAUAUCCCAGAAGUUUUAGCAGUGGAACAAAUAGAUGACGAAGGAGACAAAUUGAGUGAAAAAGUCUUCAAAGAAUUUGAAGCGCUCAAGAAUAAAGAAAAGAAGGAAUAAGUUUAGUAUACUUAAAUUAUAUUAAUGUUAUUUAGGAAAUGUAGGUAAAAGUAACUUGUCAAUAUUGUAAUUAUAGUAAAUAAUUAAUAUGUAAAUUAUAACAUGUAUUUUCAA